UAUAUAAAGCAGAGGGUGAAGAGGUUGAGACUAACAGAGUAGCGGAACAUUCUAUAGAGGGGGCACAAGAGGUACACCUAGAGGAACAGUCAGCAGGCCCUGUCGAGGAGCAAGGUCCACCUCCUGUUGCUCAGGAUCCACAAGAGGUGCAAGCAGAAGAGGUAGUAGCAGGACCUGUUGAGGAGCAAGUCCCACCUCCUAUUGCUCAGGAACAGGAAAUACAGCUGGUCGAUUGGUGCCCUAUACUGGAGGCGGGCAAUCUCCACUUUGAGGGAUUGAGGUACUUCCGAGGCAGUGUAAUGAGAUAUGUGACUGCAGCUGUGAAGGCUAGAGUUGGCCAGGGCCAGAGUUGUUGCAGUUACGUCAGGCUCACCGAUGGCAACACUUGCCAUCUCCUUGGCGAGUUGCGGGAUGAUAAUAAUCGAGUGCCUGAUGAGAUAAAGAGGAAAUUUUGUAACGGAGUACCUCGAUGUUGGAGACACUGCUGUUCAGAGUGGACAAAGAAUAAAGUUACAUGGAUGUCGGCCAAGCAAGUGCUACGUGUGCGGAGGAGCAGUUGGUGCAACAGGCUCACCCCUGACGGCCUGUACUGGAACCACAAAAAUGCGACUAUAUCAGAGACUGGCAAAAAUAGACAUUCUGGACAUCGCCAUAGAGCAAGCUGGAAUGCUGUGACUAGUGUGCUGUGCCAGAAUUAAUAAAAUACAUGAGCAGGAAAUCCGGCUGAAGCAAAAAAAAAAAAAAAAAAUUAUAAUCCUCCUCCUGUUUCCCUGGGACCCUGAUUAUGGAAAUCACAGCGAAAACUCCAAAAAUAAGUCACAUUAAAUGAUUAAACUUGCCACAGAAAGUUAAGCAUGUAACCGAAGGUAUGUCUACUUCAUUAAACAACAGCUGUCCAACAUGGAUAUUAAUGUAAUGAACUGGCUCUGACUGCUUACCUAAACACAAUGGAAAAUUGUGUGUGGAAGUAGCACAAACAAUGUCAGAGAAAUGGCUAUGAAAAACCAUUUCCAGCUCAUGUUCUUUGGGACUGAUUUUUUGACUCCUCUGAGGAAGUUGCCUCUUCUGACAGACGCGUCCAAUGCCUCUCAGAUUUGGUGCCAGGGUGCAUGACUGAAGUUAGAAAUAAUGGGGCAUUCUGGAUAAAAAUUAAGGCACUGAAAACAUUUUACUUUCUUUCUUUGGUCUGCUGCACAGUGUUGUCAGUGACAGCCAGCACACAAUAUCAAAGAUGAGAAGAAAAUUUGAGCUAGUUCUAAUUGACAUUACCCUUGUAACUGAAAUUUAUUUUAAUUUAAUAUUCUGAGUAUUAGGUUCUCUUUACUUGUUCUGUCUCUAUACAGAUAAUACACUGAAUAAAUCAAGAGUGCCCCUUU